AUGUCACUGUUUAGUUUCAUGAUCGACGGCUUAGACGCAGAUGACGGAUAUCGUAUGGUUGAAGACGAAUUCUUGUCAGUUGCAGGCGCAUUUACGGCCCAUCUGCACAAAGCCGAAUACCACAGGCUCAAGACCCUGACCAAGAAUAAGAACGCUGUGACGAUCCGGGCAAUAUCCAGGCCUGUGGUUGGGAGUAAGACGGAGGCUGUCAAGCAAUGCCAAGACGCUGCCGAGCUUGCCACGAGGCAGAAAGCGGGAAUCAAUCGAGAACGAGGCGAAAUCCCAUCAGAAGACGGUGACGAUGACGACGACAGCGAUGGUUUGGAAAAUCCAUGGGCCGGCACGGCGCUGCAAGGACUGAUGACCAGCGCCAGGCCAAAAGCUGUACCUCUCUCCUCCGUCAUUAAAGGCAGUGCAGGGACACACCCAGGACAACGGCGGGAUGUUGAUCACAGCUCUUCUUCAGUGGGCGGCAGCGGCACCAGCGGCAUGCAAAGCAGGUCACUAGGAGCCCCCAGCCACACCGGCAGCGCGGUUUCAUCUGCUAGGGGACGUGAUCGAGGGAAGCUUACCGACAGGCUGCGCCCAACCGACGUAGAGAGCGAUGAGGACCUCGACGCGCCGUCCUCAUUCAUCCCCGGCCGGCGGAACAUGCCCCAAUGCCAUGUGCCGGUGGCUGCAUCAGGCCCUCGGCUCCUCGCAGAUCCACUGUCUAUUGUCUCAGGGCCCUCGAGACAGACGCGCAAUCCUCGCACAGCCCCGUCCCCUAGGAACAUGCACGGCGCAACGGGAGGGUUGUCGACUCAUGUCCCCGCCCGCGUUCCGGCCCACGGAGCCCCACGGUCGUGGGCAGCUUCUUCCCCCCAGAAAAGAGGCCGUGCGGACAACGGAGACGGCUCCGAUGAUGACGGGAUCCUGCAACGGAUCCGGGAACGGAGAAAAAGCCGCAUGGCACAGUCAAAGCAGGAAACGCACAAGGACAAAGACGAGGAGAAAAGCGCCGGGCAAGUCAGGCCAUCCGCCAAUCAGGAGGGCCAAGGUGUUACAUUGGACUUCAUUCCGUCUUUUCUGUAG